AUGGCCAAGCCCCUGACCGACCAGGAGAAGCGGCGGCAGAUCAGCAUCCGCGGCAUCGUGGGCGUGGAGAACGUGGCCGAGCUGAAGAAGGGCUUCAAUCGGCACCUGCACUUCACUCUGGUCAAGGACCGCAACGUGGCCACCCCCCGCGACUACUUCUUCGCGCUGGCGCACACGGUGCGCGACCACCUGGUGGGGCGCUGGAUCCGCACGCAGCAGUACUACUACGAGAAGUGCCCCAAGAGGGUUUAUUACCUCUCUUUGGAAUUUUAUAUGGGCCGAACAUUACAGAACACCAUGAUCAACCUGGGCCUGCAGAAUGCCUGUGAUGAGGCCAUCUACCAGCUUGGACUGGAUAUGGAGGAGUUAGAAGAAAUUGAAGAAGAUGCUGGGCUUGGCAAUGGUGGUCUUGGGAGGCUUGCUGCCUGCUUCCUGGAUUCCAUGGCAACUCUGGGGCUUGCAGCCUAUGGAUAUGGCAUCCGAUAUGAAUAUGGAAUCUUCAAUCAGAAGAUUCGAGAUGGAUGGCAGAUAGAAGAGGCAGAUGAUUGGCUGAGGCAUGGAAACCCCUGGGAGAAGGCCCGCCCUGAGUUCAUGCUGCCUGUUCACUUCUAUGGAAGAGUAGAGAACACGGAGGCUGGGACCAAAUGGAUCGACACCCAGGUGGUCCUGGCUCUUCCAUAUGACACCCCAGUGCCUGGGUAUCUGAACAACACCGUCAACACCAUGCGCCUCUGGUCUGCUCGGGCGCCCAAUGACUUUAACCUCAGAGACUUUAAUGUUGGAGACUACAUUCAGGCCGUGCUGGACCGGAAUCUGGCCGAGAACAUCUCCCGGGUCCUCUAUCCCAAUGAUAAUUUUUUUGAAGGGAAGGAGCUAAGAUUGAAGCAGGAGUAUUUUGUGGUGGCUGCUACCUUGCAAGAUGUCAUCCGACGUUUCAAAGCCUCCAAGUUUGACUCCAGCAAAAGUGCCGAAACUGCGUUUGAUGCCUUCCCCGAUCAGGUUGCCAUCCAGCUGAAUGACACCCACCCUGCACUUGCCAUCCCUGAGCUGAUGAGGAUUUUUGUGGACAUUGAAAAACUGCCCUGGUCCAAGGCAUGGGAGAUCACCCAGAAGACCUUCGCCUACACCAACCACACGGUGCUCCCAGAAGCCCUGGAGCGAUGGCCUGUAGCACUGGUGGAGAAGUUGCUUCCUCGACAUUUGCAAAUCAUUUACGAGAUCAAUCAGAAGCACUUAGAUAAAAUUGCUGCCUUGUUUCCUAAAGAUGUCGACCGUCUGAGAAGGAUGUCUCUGAUAGAAGAGGAAGGAGGCAAAAGGAUCAACAUGGCCCAUCUCUGCAUUGUGGGCUCCCACGCUGUGAACGGCGUGGCUAAAAUCCACUCAGACAUCGUGAAGACCCAAGUAUUCAAGGACUUCAGUGAGCUAGAACCAGACAAGUUUCAGAAUAAAACCAAUGGGAUCACUCCAAGGCGCUGGCUCUUACUCUGCAACCCAGGGCUGGCAGAGUUAAUAGCAGAGAAAAUUGGGGAGGACUACGUGAAGGACUUGAGCCAGCUGACGAAGCUGAACAGCUUCCUGGGCGACGACAUCUUCCUCCGUGAGAUCUCCAAUGUGAAGCAGGAGAACAAGCUGAAGUUUUCUCAGUUCCUGGAGAAGGAGUACAAAGUGAAGAUCAACCCGUCCUCCAUGUUCGACGUGCAGGUGAAGCGUAUCCACGAGUACAAGCGACAGCUCCUGAAUUGCCUGCAUGUGGUCACCAUGUACAACCGCAUUAAGAAAGACCCAAAGAAGCUCUUCGUGCCCAGAACGGUUAUAAUCGGUGGCAAAGCCGCCCCCGGAUACCACAUGGCCAAACUUAUCAUAAAGCUGAUCACAUCCGUGGCUGAGGUGGUGAACAAUGACCCUGUGGUUGGAAGCAAGUUGAAACUCAUCUUCCUGGAGAACUACAGAGUGUCUCUUGCAGAAAAAGUCAUUCCAGCCACAGAUCUGUCGGAGCAGAUUUCCACCGCAGGCACCGAAGCCUCAGGGACAGGCAACAUGAAGUUCAUGCUGAAUGGGGCCCUGACCAUCGGGACCAUGGAUGGGGCCAACGUGGAAAUGGCCGAGGAAGCCGGGGAGGAGAACCUGUUCAUCUUCGGCAUGAGAGUACAGGACGUGGCUGCUUUGGACAAGAAAGGGUAUGAGGCAAAAGAAUAUUAUGAGGCACUUCCAGAGCUGAAGCUGGCCAUUGAUCAAAUUGACAAGGGCUUUUUUUCUCCCAAGCAGCCUGACCUCUUCAAAGACUUAGUCAACAUGCUAUUUUAUCAUGACAGGUUUAAAGUAUUUGCAGACUAUGAAGCCUACGUCAAAUGUCAAGAAAAAGUCAGCCAGCUGUACAUGAAUCCAAAGGCCUGGAACAUCACAGUCCUCAAAAAUAUAGCCGCCUCGGGGAAAUUCUCCAGUGACCGAACGAUUAAGGAGUAUGCCCGGGACAUCUGGAACAUGGAGCCUUCAGACAUAAAGAUUUCCCUGUCCAGUGAACCCAGCGGUGGGGCGAACAAAGCCAAUGGAAAGUAA